AGAGCAAGAGCAAAAACUGUGACUCAACUUUUCAUUCAUCAUCAUGUCGUACAAUCACAAUCAGUACAAUUAUCAGAUCGCUGUGGUCUUUGCAAUUGUCAUUGGAGGUGUUCUGCUUCUCGCCGCUUUCAUUUAUGUAAUCUACGCUGCCGUAGUGAGAUCAAUGAGAAGUGAUGAUAAACAAAGGCUUCAUUCUGGGAGGAAUUCUGCGCAAUGGAAUCAACCACAACAACAAUACAGAGAGCAACAGCCAGCUUCUGACUUCCCUUAUAAUCCAGCUCCAACACAGAACUAUGACUACAAUGCUCCAAUCCGUACACCAGUGAAUCCAACGUCAUUCACUCCAGUUCCAUCCGUAACUCAAUACAGUACUCAACCACAACAAUAUUCAAAUGUUCCAUUGGUGACUCCAACUACUCAACAAUAUAUUCAAAAUCAAUCAAUUCCACAAUAUGCUCCAGAUGUAAUUUAUACUCAAGGACCAACUGGAUAUAUUCAACAGCAGCCAAUUGAAUAUAAUGUUCAACGACAAUCUCCUGGAGCAAACUUUGUGCAAUCUUCUGUCUAAGACAUUGUAGUGUUUUCUAUUUUUCUUUGAUACUUUUCAAAUUCAUCAAACAAACAUAUGAGUACAAUUGUAAAAAAAGGUUGUGAAAGAAUUACCUUUUUCUUCUUUCAUUAACCUAGGUCAUUUAAUUUUUAAAUGUGAAAUUUGCCUAUGGGACGCAGUUACAUAUGCAAAUCAGGAUUUUUAUUACUGAAAAAUUAUUCUCCCCAUACCCCCUAUCAUGCCAUAGUUUAACACGUCUUAUCUCUAUUUUCACACAUUUUUCUAUAUUUUGACAAUUUUAUGACUAUAUAUCAGCACCGACCCUUUUUCUAAAAUUUCCCACAAAAAAAAAAUUUAAAAAGUAGGGGUUUUGUACCAAAACCUUUACUCCAAAAAAAUUAUAGAACACAACAAAAGAAUUCUACGCAUAAUUUAUUUUCUACCCUAAAAAAUGUUCCCCUCUCCAAUUUUCAAAUGUUGUGAUACUUUUCAUGCUCAUUGUGCACUAUUUUUUUCACUUUUUGUUUUCAAUUCAAUUAUCCCGUAAAUCUCAUGUACUUAUGAAAUUCUUGAAAAUAAAUACUUUAAAAUACU